UGCGCAGAGUGCCGCUUCACCGUCGGCCUCCUCGGUGUCCAGCGGGCGUGCAGCAAUAAUUUAACCUGCGACAACAAAUAAUAUAAACAGUGGACUUUUGAAUCUGCCCUUGGCGAUAUUAAAGAUGCAUGUAGCGGACGCUUCUUAUUAAUCUAUUUCUCACACGUGCUCACGGAGAUGUUGCGCACCGCGGAAAAACUGCCUGUUUCAGGCUGAGUUUUCGGUAUGACAAGAAUGAAGAACAAUUUGCAACAAGUAUCGACAUCUCUUUCAACAGUCAGCAACUCAUUACCUUGCUGUCAAGAUUUCCCAUACAGAUUUUCAAAUGAAAAUGGAGGAUAUGCCCCUGUCAGGCCCAGACAACACCAGGCUGGAGGCCUUGGUCCAUGACAUCUACUCUGAGCUGGUGGAAGAUGCCUGUUUGGGCCUGUGUUUCGAGGUUCACCGUGCCGUGAAACAGGGCUGUUUCUUCUUGGAUGAAACGGACCAAGAGAGCAUGAAAGAGUUCGAAAUUGUGGAUCAGCCGGGCGUUGACAUAUUUGGCCAGGUGUACAAUCAGUGGAAGAACAAAGAGUGCGAGUGCCCGAACUGCAAGAGACUGAUCGCAGCCUCUCGCUUUGCCCCACACUUGGAGAAGUGUCUGGGCAUGGGCCGCAACAGCAGUCGCAUCGCCAACCGCAGGCUAGCCAGCAACAAUAACAUGAGCAAAUCAGAGAGCGAUCAGGAGGACAAUGAUGACCUCAAUGAUAACGACUGGUCGUACGGGGCGGAAAAAAAGGCCAAGAAAAGGAAGUCCGAUAAGAAUCAAAAUUCCCCGAGAAGAUCCAAGUCUCUAAAACAUAAAAAUGGUGAGCUCGGGAGCAGCGUCGGUUCGGAGCCUUACAAGUACAAUUACAAUCCCGGCAUCAGUUAUGAGACUUUAGGCCCCGAUGAGGUCAGAUCCCUUUUAACGACGCAAUGCGGGGUGAUCUCUGAGCACACAAAGAAGAUGUGUACCAGGUCUCAGCGAUGCCCCCAGCAUACGGACGAGCAGAGGAGGGCCGUCAGGGUGUUCCUCCUGGGGCCGUCCGCGCCGUCCCUCCCCGAUGGAGACCCUGUGGGGGAGAGCAACAUCUUUGACAUUCCAGAUGGACAGACCCUGAUGGGCCGCCUGCAAUGGGAGGACUCCCCUGAUAUCUCACCCACUGACUCCGCCUCGUCCAAAGCCAGCACCAACCAUUCCGAUUCCAGGAGGCCCAAGAAAAAGAAGACACCCUCUCUUGGUUUGAACAGUGGAGGAGGAGGAGGUGGAGGAGGAGGAGGAGGAGGGAGUCUGUCGGGAGGCAGCAGCAGCUCUCAGAGUAAUAUCAGCUUACCAACCAAAAAAAAGAGGCCCAAGCUGUCCGCGCCUUCCAUCACCAGCAUCUACGAUGACUUAAACUAGCAGCGUGAGCAGCUCCCGCCUCCUCCGCUCAGACCAAAAUAGUCUGGAUGUGAUGCAGCUCGAUUCAGUAGUUCUAGUUCAUUCAGCCUCGUCAAGUGAGAACAUCUAUGGGACACUCGUGUAGUGGGAACACGGCCUUUUAACGUGGCUUUGUGGGAAAAUCCCACGGUGAAGCGGGCGUAACCGCACCAAGUUUGUGGACUAACGGAAGGCCUCCAACUGCGGCUCAGAUGGUCUUUGCGCCGCCUCUGAAGUCCCAAGUAUAUAUGACUUCAUAUUGUCCAGGCGGGUAUUUAAAUUCAUGCUGGGUUAAUGUGCACACAUGAGCUUUCCAUGUAUAUGUGUAGUAGUUGAACAGGUGGAGUUUCAGUUUGUCUCUGAGGUGUUGGAAGCAGCUUCCAAAGAAGAAGGCGCCUUUCUGGCAACGGCCAGAGUCAAAAUGUCGUCCACUUCUCUGAGGUUUUGUACAGAAUCCCCCAUAACAUAUAAAUUCCUGAUGACUACUUAUUUAAAGUUGCUGGCCUAUUUUGUUUUAGUUUUGCCGCCCCUGUAUGUGCUGUGACACGUGUCCUUCCUUUGCCCAUACAACUCUUGAGGAGACUCCAGCUGUUUAAAAACAUCAGUUGCUUGGGAAGUUUAGCAUUGUAUUGCACAGUUUUGUGUGUGUGUGUGUGUGUGUGUGUGUGUGUGUUCAUGGAACUAUGCAUCCUAGAAUGUGAUACUAGUGAAAGCGUGUGUGCCAUCCAACAUUUUUUUCACUUUUUUUUUGUCUAUUUUAGGUGUGUGUGUGUUUAAUAGGCAGGUUUUGAUGUUUGACGAGCCAGUAGGCUUUGGGCACAUGUACAGUGUGUGUGUGUGUGAGAGUGUGUGUGUGACGACGCGUGAGAUGGAAACGUAAUUAUGGAUCCAACAUAACUUUCUGUCCUCGGUACCAAACUUGUCUUGUGUAUUUUGACUUUCUUUCUGCUUCUAGAUCACACGUUACUCAUUAGUGCUUGAGCUGUGCUCGUGAAGGAUGCGCCUGUGAGCGUAUGUAUUGUCUUCGUUAAGGUUGUGAGAUAUAUUUACAUGCUUUAGAGGUCAGACGCACUAUUUUGCUGAUCCUGUACUUGUUGAUUUUUCCUCUUUUUAAACUCAUACUUUACAGUUUCAGUUGUUAUUGUCAAGUACGCAGGUGUUGUUUUGUGUUUUAAGAAAUCAGGACGAAAUAAAUGUAAAACUUGUGGACUGUAUGAAAAAGGCAGGGCGGGUAUAGCUGCCGGUGUACUCCAUCAGAAAAGCUGGUUUAACAAUCAAAUCGCCGUGGAUCAUCAUCAUCACCUUAUUUUUAUUUUUUAUUUUUUUUAGGUGUCACAGUUUCUGCUAAUUCAUUUGAAAGUCUGACAACCCGUCAUUGGUGAUUGGUCAGCUGUGCAGAGGCGAGAAAGGACCCGACCUUCCGUCCCUCAAUCACUUUCAGCUUUUGUAACUUUUAAUGUACCAACGUGUCCCUCUGGAGCAAAACCUGGUCCAAGGGUUGGUUUUCUUCUGAAAUUGUAGAUAAUCUGAAAUUUCCCUAAUUAUAUUUAAUUCUCUCCUCGUGGGAUUUAUUUACAUAAAUACAUUUAUGCAAUCUUUCAUUGGGUAAUACAUCUCUGUAACACGUAUUAUACACGUAUUACGCUUUUUUACCCAUUUGGUGGCUGAAAACAGAGUUGUUUCAAUGUUUAAUUUCUAUGUAUUUAGAGACGGGUGUCUUGUUAUUCUAACUUAAGGGGAGGGUUCAACUGAAAUCUGAAUAAUGGCUGUAAAAUCAUAUAAAAUGGCUUUAAUAUAAAGAUUCAAACUCCCACCCAGAUCAUUUUUGUACCGUCCCCUUCAGUCAAGUUGUGAACAAAUGAGUGGGACCUCGAUUGGAUUCCAGUACUGAACUUUGACCUCUGUUUCCGUGACGGUCGGUCGUGACUCUGACUGCCCUUUUUAAUCUUUUCCAGUAAAGUCUUGUGAUGUGCACUAAUGAUACAUGAACUGUAAUUGAGAAACUCUGGUAGGUGUCAUUUAGAUUCUCGAGCCACUCUUCGUCGAUGAAGCUGACCGCUGAUGUUCUCUUGUGGCUCUUUGUGUAUUUGUGUGCAGUACGAGUGCAAUAACCAAGAAAGCAAUGUUGUGAGUUUCCGAUAUUUGUUUAUGCACCAACUUGUGCGUGUGUGACCUUUCUCCACUGCCAUGCAUACUGGUGUUUGUAUAUAAAUAAACACAAACUCUA